GCUAAUGGAUGAUUAACCCUUUGCAGGGCGCUGUGUGACUUUAAGCUAGCUUCUAUUUGUGAGUCCUUUUCUUGAGUCCAAAAUGUCCCCCAGCAGACUGCUAAGCAUGCAGGCUCAGACCUGUAAGCGCCUGGCUCACAAAUACCUUGCCAGAACCUACUCCUCACGGCCUUCUCUAAAUGAAGUGGUCAUUGUCAGCGCAGUCCGAACGCCGAUGGGCUCCUUCAAAGGCAGCCUGGCAGCUGUUCCAGCAACAAAACUGGGCUCUGUCGCUAUCAAAGGGGCUGUAGAGAAAGCAGGAAUUCCUCCUGAAGAAGUGAAGGAAGUUUACAUGGGUAACGUGCUCCAGGCUGGAGAGGGUCAGGCUCCCACCCGACAGGCCCUGCUUGGAGCUGGCCUGACUCUGGGGACACCAGCAACAACCAUCAACAAAGUGUGCGCUUCUGGGAUGAAGUCUAUCAUGAUGGCAGCACAGAGUCUGAUGUGUGGACACCAGGAUGUGAUGGUGGCAGGAGGCAUGGAGAGCAUGUCCAACGUGCCUUAUGUGAUGGCCAGAGAGGCGCCGCCGUAUGGAGGAGUGAGGAUGGAGGACCUCAUCGUCAAAGAUGGCCUCACAGACGUCUACAACAAGUUCCACAUGGGCAACUGUGCAGAGAACACGGCAAAGACCUGCAAGAUCAGCAGAGAGGAGCAGGACGCCUACGCCAUCAGCUCCUACAGCCGCAGCAAGGCAGCGCAGGAGUCUGGCGUGCUGGCAAAGGAGAUCGUUCCAGUUAGCAUUCCCCAGAGAGGCAAACCAGAUGUGGUGGUCUCUGAGGACGAGGAGUGGAGAAGGGUGGACUUCAGCAAAGUUCCCAAACUGAAGUCAGUCUUCCAGAAGGAGAACGGCACAGUGACGGCGGCCAAUGCCAGCACCCUGAACGACGGAGCAGCUGCUCUGGUUUUGAUGACGGCAGAAGCUGCAAAGAGACUCAACGUUUCUCCUCUGGCCAGGAUAGUCUCUUUUGCUGAUGCAGCCGUUGCACCCAUUGAUUUCCCCAUCGCUCCGGCGUAUGCGGUACCAAAGGCGCUUGAUGCAGCCGGGCUGAAGAAGGAGGACGUGGUCAUGUGGGAGAUUAAUGAAGCCUUCAGUGUGGUGGUGCUGGCCAACAUCAAGAUGCUCGACAUCGACCCAGCGAAGGUCAAUGUGAAUGGAGGAGCUGUGUCUCUGGGUCACCCAAUCGGGAUGUCCGGAGCGCGGAUCGUGGGUCACAUGGUGCACAACCUGAAGUCUGGUCAGUACGGACUGGCAGGGAUCUGCAACGGAGGGGGUGGAGCCUCUUCUAUUGUCAUCCAGAAGCUGUAGGAAAAGCUGACAGGAAGCAGUGCAGUGCUAAUUGUUUGUUCUUCAUGUUUAGGACAUCAAAAUGGGGCCUUAACAAACAUAACGUAGGACUUAACUCCAUUUGCUGUCAUGCUACUCCAGUGAUCCUAACACUCCUUAGUUUGUCUCAUCCAAAUCUCCUAAUGAUGUUUAUCUGUGAAAGAAUAAAAUUAAAUAGUUUUUCAAAGUGCUGCGUUGUUUUGAUUGAAAAGGCCAGAAAUAUUUGUGUUGCAAUUUAUAAAUUCACCACUAGGGGCCGUCAGUGUAUCGCUCCGCUUUAAACGUGGACUUCAGAAGGAAAAAAAGGGGAAAACAAACAGUAUUCUGAGCAUGAGGAUGUAUGAAAUACUCUCUCUCUAAGGAAAGAGGAAAACAUAAUAUGCUGUUACAUUAAAAAAGUAAAGUAUUCAUAGAGUAAAGUAUUUACUCUAUGAAUACCGUAAGAAAUUAACUAGUUUAAUUCCGAUCCAAAUAUUAGUUCUAAUGAAACAAAGAUUCUGAGCUGCUUCACCUCUCUGCUGUACGGAAGCAGAGAGCGGUCAUAUUAGACUCCUUUGCCUUCUUGAGAUAAUGACAUAACUAUGUCUCAUUAUCACGAUUAAACCAUUGUUUUCUUGAGAUAAGAUAAUUAUGUUAUUACAAGAAAAUAGCUGAAUUCUUGAGAUAAUGAGAUGAUUAACAUGUAUGAGUAAUGAAUGAGGCUGGCCAACAGCCCUGGACAUCACAGUCCAUCCAUGCCUGCGGGGCCCGUGGUUGUGCAUUCGGGUUACUGCGCGUGCACAAAUAAUCAGAUUUUUAUUUUUACUUUUCAUUCAUUGUCAGGACGUGGUGGAUGAUUGGAUUACAUGGAAUAAGGUAGAAACCAAUCAGAUUAUUUGAUUGAAAAUCUUUAAUCUGGACUCAUUUUAGGGGUUAAUGCAUCUUAUACCUGUUACAGGUGUAACAUCGGGGCUGUUCAGUAAACACCCGUUGCUAAGGGGCCAGAGGGAUUGUCUAAUUCCUUAUGAAUCACAAUUCGAAGCAAAUCAUUAAACCAACAACUUUGUCUUGUUACCUAAAGGUUAAACAAAGGAUUAUUUACAGAAUUACACAUUGCAUAUAAAUCCUCUCUAGCUGUUGAGGUAUUGAAGGAUGUAAUCAGUUUUAACACGCACCAAUCAUCUCAUUAUCAUGAGAAAACAACUUUCGUUAUCUUUAGAAAAGGAGGAAAUUUACUUGUUUUAUCAAGAAAACCACCAUGAAAAAGUAUCAUAGGGACACGACCACUCUCGGCUUCCGUACUGAUUAAUGGAAAAGUGGGAUUUUUUUUUUAACUGAAUUUUUUUUGUUUAAACAUUUCCUCUGCUUUUCCUCAUAUGGCCUCAAAUUUGUACUACACAUUUUUAAAUAUUUUUAGAUCAGUUUUUGCUGUGAAGAUCUUACUGGUCUGAAAUCCUGAUGACUUCUGUUUUUAUUUGUUUCAGUGAAACCUUUAUUUUAAAGUUAUGUUCAAUAAAA